AUGUUGAGCCUCAAGUCUCUCGCUACUGCUUCGGCAGCCUUUACUCUCCUUUCUGGCGUCAAUGCCGGACCUUCUGUUGAUAUCGUCAAGCGAAAUCAAGAACCUCCUGGACCUUCUUGCACCGACUUCACUCCUUAUGUCUAUGCAGGAUGUUUUCAAAAUUUGGGUAGUCCAUACCCGGAUACUCUUCUAUACACAGGUCCAAAUACCCAGAACAUGACCGUGGAAACUUGUGUGGCUUUCUGUAAGGGAAACGAUUACAGAUAUGCAGGUCUGGAAUACUAUUCCGAAUGUUUCUGUGGUGCUUCCGUCUACGGUCCCCAAGUCGAUGAAUCCCAAUGCAAUGUCCCAUGUACCGGAAACGCUUCCGAGACCUGUGGUGCCAACAACCGCCUCAACAUCUAUCAAGAUCCCACCUUCCCUGUUGUAAACGACAGCAUCAUCUCGGACUACCAAUCCAUUGGCUGCUAUGCCGAAGGUACCAAUGGUCGAGUCCUCAACUGGAGACAAGACCAACUCUCCACCACCAACAUGACCACUCAGGAAUGUCUGUAUGCCUGCAAGGACAAUGGAUACCCCAUUGCUGGACUUGAGUUCGGACAAGAGUGUUACUGUGGUGUCGUCUUGGGCAAUGGUACAACGCCAUUGAGCUCCACUUCUUGCAACAUGCCCUGCACAGGUGACAGCACGGAGACCUGCGGUGGCAGCAACGCCUUGAACGUCUAUGUUGCUACUGAUUUGGAGUCAAGCCAGCCUUGCGGUAGUGGUGGAUCUUCGUCGUCAUCUUCGUCCUCGAUCGUUAGCAGCACGACAUCGAUCUCAAGCAGCUCUACUUCAUCUGUUGUCAUCACCACUUCUAGUUCAUCAUCAAUCAGCUCGUCGUCAUCAAGUUCGUCGUCAAUCAGCUCUACACUCAGCAGCUCUUCCAGCAGCACUUCCUGCACAACCUCUACUACUUCUUCGUCCUCUAGCUCAAGCGCGAGUAGCACAUCAAGUGUGGUCAGCAGCAGCAGCAGUUCUAGCAAAUCAUCUUCCUCAUCUUCGUCAAAGCCAGCAAGUAGCACAUCCUGCACUACCUCAAGUACAUCCUCGACCACGAUCAAGACGACGACCUCCUCGCCACCAACAACUUCUACAACUUCCACAAAGACCACCGCAUCUCUUUGCACUUCCACCUACACCACCACUCCCACACCUACUUGCGAAUAUUCAUGCGGAAACUGGUGCUCAACACCCAUCCCAACCUGGACUGACUCGAACUCUUGCUUCUCCGCUGUCUCUUCUUGCAACGUCCAGCUCGCAUCUUGCUUCCUCCACGCUGGUUUCCCAGCAUCCUUGAACUGUUUUGAGUUCUCCAGCUGGUGCACAUCCAUCUCGCAAUACUGCGAAAAGUACUGCCCUGGCGGGAACUGCAACAAGCCAAGCUGCACCUCCAAGCUCCCCCCAUCUGGACCAUCAGCUCCUUCUCCAGUUUACUCCACCAGUGUCUACACCUGCCCAGCAGCCAGCACCUCAUCCGCUAAGCCAACCACCACCUCCAAAGCUGCCGCCUCAACAACAAGCUGCGUCCCCAUCCCCACCAACUCAAACAUCUGCACCCAGCCCAGCAACCCAGGAAAGGGAUACACCUCCAGCUCCCCAGUUGGCAACAUCCCCCUGCCAUGCCUCACCUGCAACAACAUCCAAUCAGACUACAAUUCCGGCAACUGCUUCAAGCUGUACACCUAUGCCAACUCGGCCCAAUGCCCCUCGUACCCGCGUUCCGGCUCCUCGGGCCCCAGCAAAGGAUGCAAGGACGCGUGCGAUAGCCAGUACAAUAGCUGCAUGAACGUCUACGCCCAGGGAUGCCAGGGCAAUACCAGGGGCGAUACGUAUAGCAGCGCGAGCCAAAAGUGCCAGAACCAGUGGAACGACUGUUAUUCUGCGAACUCGAAUGUUAAUAUUGGUAAUAGAUGUGGAAGCUUUAAUUCGGGGUGGUAUUAG